GGUAGUGAGUAGAAUUCUGAUAGUAACGAUGGAACUAGUUGGCGACCAAACGACAUGGCUUGCAUGGCUUCAUGUGAUUUUCACUUCAUCACUAGUCACCACAACUUUUUAUUACAGACAGAGUGAAGUGGUCCUCAACAAAAGAAGAAUAAUGGUUAUAGCAUAUAGUCCCAUUCACAUGCAGAGUGACAAUUCCUUAGUAGGGUUGGUGCUACUGCAGUGUUAUUAUCAAAAUACUCACAAGUCAAAUUUGUUGGAGAUGGGAGUUGUAACUGUUGGUGAAUUGAAGCCUAGUAUUUCUCAAGGGAAAAGGACCUUUCGUCCAAGUUCAAGCAUAAGACAUGCCAAUGAAUGGCCAAUAUCUGAAGUCUCUAGUGAUCUUACUAUUGAAGUAGGAGACUCAAGCUUUCCACUUCACAAGUUUCCUCUAGUUUCUAGGAGUGGAAGAAUCAGAAAACUGCUGCUAGAAGCAAAAGAUUCAAAGGUUUCACGCAUAAGUCUCCAAAAUGUGCCUGGUGGUAUAGAUGCAUUUGAGCUAGCAGCUAAAUUCUGCUAUGGAAUAAAUGUUGAAUUCACUCUCUCAAAUGUUGCCAAGCUACGUUGCAUAGCGCAUUUUCUAGAAAUGACUGAAGAAUUUGCUGAGAAGAACUUGGAGACUAGAGCUGAAUCAUAUCUAAAAGAGUCAGUGCUACCAAGCAUACAAAACAGCAUAAGUGUUCUUCACCAUUGUGAGACUCUUCUCCCAAUUUCAGAAGAAAUUAACCUUGUUAGCAGGUUAAUCAAUUCAGUUGCAAACAAUGCAUGCAAACAACAACUUACCUCUGGAUUGCUAAAACUUGAUCAUACCUUAAAUUCUAAGACAAUCUCAAACAUGGAACCAGAAACUCCCUCAGAUUGGUGGGGGAAAUCUUUCAAUGUUCUUGGCCUUGAUUUUUUCCAAAGAGUAAUUUCUGUGUUGAAAUCAAAGGGACUAAAACAAGAUAUGAUCAGUAAGAUUUUGAUAAACUAUGCACAUAGUUCACUACAGGGGAUUGCUCUUAUUAGGGAUCCUCAAGUUGUUAAAGGGAGUUUACUUGACUUGGAAGUAAAGAAAAAACAAAGGGUGGUUGUUGAAGCCAUAGUUGGAUUACUCCCUAAUCAAUCAAGGAAGAGCCAGGUUCCAAUGGCAUUCUUAUCAUUCCUGUUGAAGGCUGCUAUCGCGGCUGGGGCCCCAACUUCUUGCAGGUGUGAUUUGGAGAGGCGAAUCGGCCUACAACUCGACCAGGCAAUCCUAGAAGACAUACUAAUUCCGGCUAACUCACUUCAGAACACACACAGCACAAUAUAUGACACAGAUUCAAUCUUGAGGAUUUUCUCAAUUUUCCUUAACCUUGAUGAGGAGGACGAUGAUGAUGAUAAUGAUGGUGGCUGCUUCAGAGAUGAAAGCCAAAUGGUGUACGACUUCGACAGCCCCGGAUCGCCAAAACAAAGCUCAAUCCUCAAGGUAUCUAAACUGAUGGACAACUAUCUUGCUGAAGUAGCAUUAGACUCAAACUUGUUGCCAUCAAAAUUCACAGCACUUGCAGAACUACUCCCAGAUCAUGCACGCAUAGUGAGUGAUGGACUCUAUAGAGCAGUUGAUAUCUUCCUAAAGGUUCAUCCAAAUAUAAAGGAUUCAGAGAGGUACCGGUUAUGCAAAAGCAUAGAUUGCCAGAAACUGUCCCAAGAAGCAUGCAGCCAUGCAGCACAGAACGAGAGGCUGCCGGUGCAAAUGGCGGUUCAAGUGCUUUACUUCGAGCAAAUGAGACUGCGAAACGCGAUGAACGGCGGAGGACACCACCACAGCAACAGCUUCUUGUUCGGCGGGCAUUUCCCUCAGCGGACGGGAAGCGGUGCCGGAAGCGGCGCCAUGUCGCCGAGGGAUAACUACGCGUCGGUUCGAAGGGAGAAUCGAGAGCUGAAGCUGGAGGUAGCGAGAAUGAGGAUGAGGCUGACUGAUUUGGAGAAAGACCAUGUUUCCAUGAAACAGGAGCUUGUGAAGUCACAAUACCCCGCUAACAAGCUUUUCAAAUCUUUCACGAAGAAACUAAGCAAACUCAAUUCUCUCUUUCGUUUAAGCACUAGUACUUUUAAGCAAUCAUCGUUUGGUGCCAGUAAUAAUAAUGCCAAAGGUAUCGCUCAUUCAGAAACUCAUCGCUUUCCUUUUCCAAAAAGAAGACGCCACUCAGUUUCAUGACUGCAAUGUAUAUAGUAUGCAUAAAUCAUCAUUUUCUAAUUUCUCUCUCUUACUUCUCCUUCAUGUUGCUGCUUUUUAGUGAUGGGUUUGUUAGUAAUUCUUACAAUUCUGGAAUACGAUUUUAAGUAUAUGGAAGAU